UCUGCUCAGUCGAGGGGAUUUUGAAAAAGAGUUGGUCGUCUCGAUGUAGGGCAUGCUAUGACCGCUUCAUUACUCCUCCAUUCGCACUGGAUUGACCCGGUGAUGUUUCUCUACGACAACGGCUUGGAUGAAAGAAGCAAGAACAUGGAAGGAUUUACUGGAGGCAAUUUUGCUGCAAACCAGUGCAGGAAUUUGUUAGCGCAUCCAACCUCGCUGGCUCCGAGCACCACCUACACUGCGAGCGAGGUGCCAGUCUCUGGCAUGGGGGAGCCUGGCAAACAAUGCAGCCCCUGUUCGGCCACUCAGAGCUCGCCCAAUGCAUCUUUGCCCUAUGGAUAUUUUGGCAGCAGUUAUUACCCAUGUAGGAUGUCACACGGCAGCGUCAAGGCUUGCGCACAGCCCUCUGGUUAUGGCGAUAAAUACAUGGACUCAUCGGUCUCUGGUGAGGAGUUCUCAACCAGGGCAAAGGAAUUUGCGUUUUAUCAGGGCUACUCCUCUGGUCCUUACCAGCCCAGCUACUUGGACGUUCCUGUUGUUCCUACCCUGAGUGCUCCAUCUGAGCCAAGACAUGAGCCUCUGUUGCCCAUGGAGCCCUACCAGCCAUGGGCCAUCACCAAUGGUUGGAGUGGUCAGGUUUAUUGCACCAAGGAGCAGCCACAGUCAAAUCCUCUGUGGAAAUCCUCGUUACAAGACACUAUAUCUGGUGGGGACAGCUCUAUCCGCCGUGGGAGAAAGAAGCGUGUGCCAUACACCAAGGUGCAGCUCAAGGAACUGGAAAGGGAGUACGGCGCCAAUAAAUUCAUCACCAAGGACAAAAGGAGGAGGAUAUCCGCGCAGACUAAUCUGACGGAGAGACAAGUGACAAUCUGGUUUCAGAACAGGCGCGUAAAGGAGAAGAAAGUCGUGAAUAAAUUCAAGGGCUCCAGUUAGCUCUGGAGAUACUGAAACAGGAGGUGAAGGGCGGACAUGGAUGCGCCUUCAUCCAAAAAACUGUGCUAUAAUUUAUUAUAUUAUAUGAACGGUUUCUCUGUCGCCAGAGCGCCUCUGUUCUGACCUACACAAUUCCUUCCUCACAUUUUAAUUGGAACCAGUCGAUGCGGCCUGUUGACAGAAGAUCGGAAAUGGUUUGCACACGUUGACCAAGGCGAUACUUCGAGGGGAUGCAUGGUCUCCUUCAAAUAUUCACCAGACAAUGAGACAUUCUGCCUUGAAGGCAUGAGACACCCCGGGCUUUUAUUCCACCUCACACAAUCCAGAAAUUAAGACUGAACCUGGAGUAAAUUACAAUAACAGCUUUCGUCUUUAGACAGUGAUCCAGUGGUAAAAAAAUCUCUUUUAGUCUGUGACAUCACAAUGCAAACAGGCAAAUUUAAACAAAUAAUAACGGAAUAACAGAAAAUUAAUCUUACAUGAUAUAUUCAGCAUUUAUUCGCGCUGAAGACGAAAAGUUAAAAUAUCUCUCCAUACUCUGUCAUUGUAAAUGGUAGCCUACAACACCUCUUUGGUGUGUACAUAAUUAAAUUCUUUAGAUAAACUCAGUUCCAGUUUGGAAGCUUAAAAAGCAGACCUUUAAAGAUUAAAUCGCUCCAUUUAAAAUAAACCUCUAUCUCUUUAUCUCUUGGUUAAUCAGUCUGUAUUUUCUGAAACGUUAUCAAACUAUGAAAGUAGCCUGAGCAUUUCAGUAUGUUUGCCCACUUUGUCCAUGUCACGUGUCUUUUUUUCUUUUCCAAACACAGGGUUUUUAAAUAUCAGAAUAACUCGCCUGUCAACAGGCUGACCUAUGGGCAAUUUCUGUCUAUCAGUCAAGAAUAAUUUUGCAGAGAAGUACUGAAAACGUAGGCAUAUUUAAUACAUGUAAAUACUAUCUGACUGCAACUAUCUAUUCUCCCUCUUUUCGACUGCAAUAGCCAAAGUUUCUGACAAUAAAUGUUUAAGAGACGUAA